GGAACACGUCAACUCGCUCUCGCUCCCCAGGGCUGCAGAGAGGCAUCCCCGGCUGGGAGCUAAAAAGGUCCGCGAGGAGCAGUUCCGGGUACCUUGCGCGUGCUGCAUCAUUAGGUCAUUGGACGCCCAUUGAACCCUCUUGGCCCAGGCACCCGGGCGCGGAUGGCAAAUUGGCAAUGUGUAAGUCUGUGUCUUGGUGGAAGGCAAUGGAACAAGGCAUCGGGGGCAGCUGUUGUUUCGGCGAGAGGCCACUCAAGUGCAGCUUGCAUUGAAGCUAGCCCGAGGAGCUCCGGUUUUUCUGCCCAAGAGGGGCCUGGGAUUUGCUCAGCCUGCGUCAGGGCCAUCGAGCCCGCAGCCCGGGACAGUCCGGUUGGGUUGGGCUCGAAGGGCUGCGCACCGCCCUUUCUCCACACGCGCAAGAGGAAGCCAUUGCGUCCGUUCGUCUUGUGCCGUCUACUGGAGCCACGUGCCCAGACAAGACGUCUUUUCCCUCAACCUGGAAGUCUUCCUGCCCAAGACCCACCGCCUCGGCUAAUGCACAUCGCCCGCAGCAACGCCGACCGACUAAUGUACACAGUAGAAUCACCACGUAAGGCACCAAUGAGGCCCAGAGCCCUAGAGCACCACCACCAAACGGGGUCGCUUCUUCGCAAAUGCCCUCCAAACAAGCCAACGCGUCGCGGCGGCCCAUUCCGCGUCUCAGCAAACACCCAUCAAUGACUCACGUUGCCGUGGACAUGGCGGGGGUGUCACUGGACUGCGCCGUGUGCCGGUUGUCUCAUCCGCAACGAAUGUCAUCUCUCAAUUCUAGAUGCCGCAGAUGCGUCUUCCGAGAGAAGCUCCCGCGCCGCUGCAACCUCAACCUCAUCGUACCCACGCCAUCCCCGAUCCCCCGCCGUGCUGUGUCGAACAAUCUCGGACAGCUUCGCAGUAGCUAGCUCGUUGAGCCGCUCAAUGGUGCUUGUAUCCGGCAGACGCAAGCCACCCUCGUCGUUCUGCUUUGCUGGCUUGCCCGACUCCUUGAGGAGCCUCAUUGUAACCUUGAGAGCCGUGUCAGAGUGUAGGUCAACACAACACCAGGGGGCACAAC